CCCCCCCCACCCUCCCCCUCUCUCUCUCUCUCUGUGCAGAAGAAAAUGGAUAUCAGCGAAGAAGCCAUGGCAGCUCACAAACGAACAUUCAUGGAUUUCUUAGAUCAGGAUAUUGGAAAGGGAGUAUACAUGAAAGCAGUAAGGGAUAUGAUCCACAACAAGCGUCACCGCUUGAUUAUUGAUGUCUCCGAUCUCCGCAACUUCAGCCUCGAUUUGGCCCGAAGGUUGAUAAGGAACCCAGGUGAAUACAUGCAACCUUUCUCAGACGCGCUGACAGAGGUGACCCGCAAUGUGGACCCCAAGUACCUCAAGGAAGGGGAGCAAGUGCUUGUCGGCUUCGAAGGCCCGUUCGGAUUCCACAGGGUCACUCCCAGAGAUCUCCUGUCCGGAUUCAUUGGCACCAUGGUCUGUGUUGAGGGGAUCGUCACCAAAUGUUCUCUUGUAAGGCCCAAGGUUGUUAAGAGUGUUCAUUUCUGUCCUACAACUGGGAACUUCAUGUCUCGUGAAUAUCGAGACAUUACCUCCAACAUGGGCUUGCCAACGGGGUCUGUGUAUCCGACACGGGAUGAUAAUGGAAACUUGUUAGUCACUGAAUAUGGACUGUGCAAGUACAAAGACCAUCAAACUCUAUCCAUGCAAGAAGUGCCUGAAAAUUCUGCCCCUGGCCAGCUUCCAAGAACAGUGGAUAUCAUUGUGGAGGAGGACCUUGUGGAUGCUUGCAAGCCUGGAGACCGUGUGGCAAUUGUAGGGAUAUAUAAAGCUCUUCCUGGAAAAAGCAAGGGCAGUGUGAAUGGGGUAUUCAGGACUGUUCUCAUUGCCAAUAAUGUUUCUCUGCUCAACAAAGAGGCAAAUGCACCAAUCUACACGGCUGAAGAUGUAAAGAAUAUAAGAAAGAUAGCCGAGAGAGAUGAUGCAUUUGAUUUACUUGGGAAUUCGCUUGCGCCAUCCAUAUACGGUCAUUCAUGGAUAAAGAAAGCGGUGGUUCUUUUGAUGCUUAGUGGAAUGGAAAAGAACUUAAAGAACGGGACCCACUUGAGAGGGGACAUAAAUAUGAUGAUGGUUGGGGAUCCUUCUGUUGCCAAGUCCCAACUCUUAAGAGCAAUCAUGAAUAUUGCCCCUUUGGCUAUAUCAACCACAGGUCGAGGAUCAUCUGGCGUUGGUCUGACAGCUGCUGUUACUUCCGAUCAAGAAACAGGUGAAAGAAGGCUAGAAGCUGGGGCCAUGGUUCUUGCUGAUCGAGGUGUUGUUUGUAUUGAUGAGUUCGACAAGAUGAAUGAUCAAGAUCGUGUGGCCAUACAUGAAGUUAUGGAGCAGCAGACAGUAACAAUUGCCAAAGCUGGUAUUCAUGCAUCACUAAAUGCUAGAUGUAGUGUAGUUGCUGCUGCAAAUCCAAUAUAUGGAACGUAUGAUCGUUCGUUGACACCAACAAAGAAUAUUGGACUUCCAGACUCGUUGCUCUCUCGUUUUGAUCUGCUGUUUAUUGUCUUGGAUCAAAUGGACCCGGAGAUUGAUCGUCAAAUUUCAGAGCAUGUCUUGCGCAUGCACCGAUAUCGUUCCCCAUUAGAUGACGGAGGAAUGGCAACACUUGAUGGCAAUUCAAGAUAUGUUGAAGAAGAUGAUGCUGAUGACAAUGCAUCCAUCUAUGUCAAGUACAACCGUAUGCUUCAUGGAGAGAAAAGGAAAAGGGGGCACAAGCGUGAGACCCUCACCAUCAAGUUCCUUAAGAAAUACAUUCAUUAUGCAAAAAACAGGAUCCAGCCAAAGCUGACAGAUGAGGCAUCCGAACAUAUUGCAACUGCAUAUGCGGAGCUUAGAAAUUCUGGCACAGCUGCAAAGUCUGGAGGAGGAACACUUCCAAUCACUGCAAGAACCCUAGAGACUAUCAUCCGUCUUUCCACUGCCCAUGCGAAACUGAAGUUGAGCAACAAGGUUUCAAAGAUUGAUGUUGAAGCUGCUCUUAAAGUUCUAAACUUUGCCAUCUAUCAUAAAGAGUUGACAGAGAUGGAAGAGCGUGAACAGGAAAGGGCGAGGGAGUUGGAGAGGAAACGCAAAGCUGAUCAUGAUAAUGGCAACGCUGGUGGUAGAACUAGCCACAGAGGUGAUGGUACUCCUGGUGGAAGUGCAACAGUGGACCACAUGGAAGUUGACGAGCCUUCUGCACAACCUGAUCUGGAUAUUUCCACAGAAAGAAUAGAAACAUUCAACUCUAUAUUUGGGCAGCACAUGACUGCAAACCGCCUGGAUCUCAUCUCUAUCACAGACAUCGAACAAACUGUGAACCGGGGAGCAGCUGUACUGUACACCAGGCCAGAAAUAAACUCCCUUUUAGAGAAACUGCAAGCGGCAAACAGGGUAAUGAUAGUGGAUGAAAUGGUUCAUAUGAUAUGAACAUAGGCAGCAGCGAUGUCGCACCUAGUAAGAGGAUGCAGGAGCCAUCUCUGUAUAGAUGCAUUGGAUAUUCUUUUAAGUUAAAGGUGUGCCAUUGUUCCUCUGUCAUCACACUUGGUGGUUCCCAUUGUGAUUUAAGUUUCAUGUUUGCGCCAGGAGCGAUAUCUUCUAGUGGAAGGGAUGGUUCUUGAUUUCAUGUC